AUGGGUAUCCCUUACUCCAGGGAGAUCAACAAGGCGUUCGAACAAGUCACGCCCCUCGUGGCCGCGGGGUUUCAGGUCCUGCAGACGACCAAGGACAUUUCUAUCCUUCUGGCUUGCAUUGAGGUCCUGACUUGCGUCUUCCUCGGCCUCGUCCUUCUCGCACUAAUCGGUGUGAUCUGUACGAUAAACCCCGAGCUGGAAAGGGAAAGGGAUGAGCUGGUGACGCCGCUAGUGAAGUGGUUGGCGAGCUGGAUAUUCUCGUACGGAAGGAUAGUGGGCUGGCUACUGAGGGUUACGAUCGUGUUGACAACGGCCGGUUUGGGUAUCUUCUUUUGGCAGGGGUCAUUGGCUGGGUCGAGUAUACCUGGGACACCGGCAGAACGUGAUGGAGAUGGCAAGGAAGAGGCAUCGAAGUAG